GCCGAAGCGGACUGCGCAGGCGCAGCCGCCCUACUCCAGUGAGGCGCAGGGGGCGGCACGGCCCAGGAAGGAAGAUGGAAGAUUACCAGGCUGCUGAGGAGACUGCUUUUGUUGUUGAUGAAGUGAGCAACAUUAUAAAAGAGGCUAUAGAAAGUGCAAUUGGUGGCAAUGCUUAUGAACACAGCAAAGUUAAUCAGUGGACCACAAAUGUCGUAGAACAAACUUUAAGCCAACUCACCAAGCUGGGGAAACCAUUUAAAUACAUUGUGACCUGUGUCAUCAUGCAAAAGAAUGGAGCUGGACUGCACACAGCAAGUUCUUGCUUCUGGGACAGCUCUACUGAUGGGAGUUGCACUGUGAGAUGGGAGAACAAAACCAUGUACUGCAUAGUCAGUGCCUUUGGACUCUCCUUUUAAGUUCCUCCUCCAACUUAAGUGUUUUCUCCUUUUGUUUCAGCGUUUCUUUUCCCUCUUGUAACCACCAACCAUGAGUUCAAUGAACACCUUUCUUGUUCUCUUUGUGUUUUUUUGUUGUGGCACUCUCCAACUGUAGACAAAAAAUCAAAAUGACUGCACUGUUACAUGAAUGGUAGUCCGUAAGUCGGAUGUGUAAUUCACCUUAGGUAGCCAAAAGCUUGUAUUGCCACUUGUCUUAACUCUGAAUAUUUCUUUUUAAGGGUGCUAAAACCGGAUUAUCUGCUAGUGUGAAAUUUUCUCUGCUUUCUGAAAUGAUUCAAGUAUACUAAUUUUCCAUACUUUGUACUUUUGUUAGAAUAAUAAAUUAUUCAAAUUUAAAA